GUGGGUUCCCGCGGUGACCGAAAAGAGGGCGGUAAGCGGGGACGCAAGCCCGGAAGAAAAGCAGCCGACAAGGCGGAUAUGAGAGCCAAGCUUGAGCGCAGUCGGCAGAGUGCGAGGGAGUGCCGUGCUCGUAAGAAAUUGAGGUACCAGUACUUGGAAGAACUAGUAGCUGAUAGGGAGAAAGCAGUUCUUGCGUUACGAAAGGAGCUCGACACGUACCGGUCUUGGGGACAAGAUCUCGACGCAGGACGUAUACCCGAAGAACUACAGGCCAUGCUGGAAGAGUGUGGAGCAGUGAAAAAUGAGCCUAAUAAUAACUAG